AGAUUAUUUCUCUUUGGAUUGGAUUUUACCCUCUCCUCUCUCUUGCUGCUGCUGGAACACGCUCUCGUUUCUCCGCCGGCUGCUUCAAAAUCAUAGCAAGCAAGCACAUAAGCUUCUGGAACUACACAAGAGAAGAAUUUAAUGGCGCAUUCAUGCGUCUCCACCUCGGCUUCUCUCUGCCUCAACACUCCCUUAUCCUCCUCUUCUUCUUCUGCUAGCAGCUCCCCUCCUCCGGACGCCAAAACCCUCUCUUUGACCUUCCAGCCCCUUCGUUCCAGGAACUUGAGAAAGCUCGCUUCUAAGCCAAAGAAUGUCCGCAAUUCUUCUGUCAAGGCCGUGUACUCCGGUGAGUUUUCGGAGUCCAAGGGCAAUUCACGUCGCGGGGUUUGGUCCAUUAGGGAUGAUUUGCAAAUCCCAUCUUCGGCAUACUUCCCGGUCUAUGCGCAAGGACAAGGACCCCCACCAAUGGUGCAAGAGCGUUUUCAGAGUGUUAUCAGUCAGCUUUUUCAGCAUAGGAUAAUCCGAUGCGGUGGAGCUGUUGAUGAUGAUAUGGCAAACAUUAUUGUUGCCCAGCUUCUCUAUCUUGAUGCUGUUGAUCCCAACAAAGAUAUUGUCAUGUAUGUGAACUCUCCUGGAGGCUCAGUUACUGCUGGUAUGGCCAUAUUUGACACAAUGAGGCAUAUAAGACCUGAUGUUUCUACUGUAUGUGUUGGACUGGCUGCCAGCAUGGGAGCCUUCCUGCUCAGCUCUGGCACAAAAGGAAAAAGAUAUAGUCUUCCAAACUCUAGGAUAAUGAUCCAUCAGCCUCUUGGCGGUGCUCAAGGUGGGCAAACUGAUAUAGAUAUUCAGGCCAAUGAAAUGUUACAUCACAAGGCAAAUCUGAAUGGGUAUUUGGCCUACCAUACUGGUCAAAGCCUGGAGAAGAUUAACCAGGACACCGACCGUGAUUUCUUCAUGAGUGCUAAAGAAGCCAAAGAUUACGGCCUUAUAGAUGGUGUUAUCACGAAUCCUAUGAAAGCUCUCCAGCCUGCAGCUGCUACUGCCUGAUCAAUAAUGGUAAUCAUCAGUGUGUAAAAAUUCACACGAUUACUAAUGAAUCAAAUAUCAUGCUAACUAUGUUUUAGAGUCAAAUGGGGACGAUCAUACUACCUCUCUCAAAUUUCCCAUUAUCCUGAAAGACUUUAGUUUCUGUACACCUGGGUUGGUGUAUGAAAAUAGCAUGUCUUUGCCCAUCCAAACUGAGACUGGAAAAACAGAUCGAAUUCACAUCAAACAGGGUGCUAGGUUUUUCUUCGAGCACCUGCACCCCUGAUGUUCCUUUGCUUCUGAUUUUAGCCAGGAAGAUGAUGUUUAUGUUUGCCA